GCGUUACACCAGGCGAAGCCGAACUGCACUAUCUCGAUAAUGCAAAGAAAUUGAGCAGGUACGGCGUACAUCUUUUCUUAGCCAAGGUUUAUACUUUCACUUCUGAGGCUCUUUCCACUAUACACAGACAUAUUGCAUUGGUGGAAAAGGUGUGCCCGUUCAAAUUGGUGUCUGCGCGCACGUUAUGUUUACCGCGACCAAAUCUGUAUUCAUCGUUUUCUGUGGCAGAACAUCAUCAAAAUUGCCUACCGGCGCAAUGUUUUCAUUGUCAAAGGUCAUCAAUCUACGAUAAUUGCAGGUUGAUUCAGCCGGAAGAGAAGGCUUUUAAAGGAUUUCACUGGGGCUCAGCAAAGUUUCGUUAUCAAGGAAGAACGCAGUCUCAGUCAAAAAUUGCCUCACAAAUGUCCAACAAUCCACAACUGCAGCGCUCACAGAGUGCCCGUUUAGCGCGAAAUGAGGAAUACGGUAAGGGAUCCUUUUCUGCGUUUAUCGCCUGCAUAACUGUGAAUGGUAUCCGCGAAAAAAUAAAUGAACGGCCUCUAAGGAGACGACUUACACGCACUAAACUAAAGUUACUACUGACUGGAGCAGGCAAUUUAGGAUCAGAAUGCGCAGAAUGA